AUGUCCGAGUUCAUCGGAUCGCGAAUAUCUCUCAUCUCGAAGAGCGACAUUAGAUAUGUCGGCACUCUUCACGAAAUCAACUCGGAAAACUCAACCGUCGCCCUCGAGAAUGUCACCUCGUUUGGCACGGAAGGCCGUCGCAAUGGCGAAGAUGAGAUCUCCGCUUCUGAAAAUGUCUACGAGUACAUAGUCUUCCGUGGCAGCGAUGUGAAGGAUCUCCGGAUCGAUGGGCCGGCGAAGGAAACGAAACCCCCACCGCCUCCUACCAUGCCCAAUGAUCCGGCCAUCCUUGGAGCCGCCCGACCGCAACCCCCACAAGGCCCUCCUCAGGGCCCUCCUCAGAACCAGGCACCGCCUCCCCAACAACAGCAACAGCGACCGCCGCAGGGCUUUCCAUCACCAGGCCAAUUCCCUCCCGGCUACCCACCAUAUGGCCCUCCCUUCCACAAUCAGCGCUUCGGCCCACCAGGUGGAUUUCCUCCCGGUCCCGGUGGAUUUCCCGGAUAUCCAGGCAUGCCAGGCGGUCCGGGUGGCCCAGGUGGCUAUGGAGGUGGUCCACCACCAUGGUAUGGUCCUCCAGGUCAAGGCUUCCCACAUCAACCGCCGGGUUCCGGACCGUUCUCUCCACAACCGCCCAUGCCGAUUGGCCCUCCAGGCCAACACAGUCAGCAACAGCAACAACAACAACAACAACAACAACAACAACCACAAGGUCCCAAAGGCGCACAGGCUGCUCCAAUCGGGCCUUCGGUGAGCAAGGAGGAGAAGCCGAACAUCCAGACGAAGGUCGCUGAGGCAGAUGGUACCACAAAACCAGCGGAACCAAAAUCACUAGCAAAGCCUGUCGCUCAGGCUACUCCGCCAGCGCCGGUAGCUGCACCAAAGAAGGCUCCAACACCACCUGUUGAAUCGAAACCAGACGUUACUGCAGCACUGGCACCCGCUCAAACACUGGCUCCUCCCGCUCAACCUACUCCUACUGCCAAGGCUGCUCCCAGCGGACCCAAGUCUGGCCGCAUUGUUCCAGCAGUACCAAUCCCCAGCCCUCGUGUAGCAAAGGCAGCUGCUCACGCUACUCCCGCAACGCAAGCUACCACGGCUCAACCCAGCCAGGCAGCUACAAAUGCUACGUUGCAGUAUCAGAAUGCCACGCAGGCCGCUACUGCUGCCGUUGCGGCCGCAAUGGCAAAACUAGGUCCAGCUCCAGGCCAGAAGGGACAACCGGCUGCUGGCAGGCCGCAGGGCGAUAGUGCUAUGGACAACCUCACAAAGCAGGUCAAUGCAAUGCGCACGGACGAGAGCAUUCGACAUGGCCGACAACAAGGCACCAGCGGAUAUGCAGCUGGCAAUCGUGGCGCACGAGCCCCUCGAGGCGGAAGAGGUGGUCACCCACAUCAAGCGACUAAGAUCGAGAUCCCGACUACCGACUAUGACUUCGCUUCUGCAAACGCAAAGUUCAACAAGCAGGAUCUCGUCAAAGAAGCCAUCGCCUCGGGCUCUCCCAUUGGUGGUGAGGUCGCAUCUCCUCCGCCUGCUGCUGAAGCAGCCACAAAUGGCCACUCUGCAACCAACGGCACUGCUGAAAAAGCCGCGGAAGUUGUUAUCCCAGCCUCGACAUACGAUAAAGGCAGCUCCUUCUUCGACAACAUCUCUAGUGAACUGAAGGAUAGAGAAGAAGCGAUGGGACGAAGACUCGGCGGGCAAGAGUUCAGGACCGAAGAGCGCAAGAGGAAUCUCGAGACUUUCGGGCAGGGCAGCGUCGACAACUACCGCGGCGGCUACAGGGGUCGCGGCCGUGGACGAGGAUUCGGCCGUGGACGAGGUGGCUUCAGGGGACGUGGCGGAACCGGCGUGCCCAGAGGCAGGGGCCAGGGCGUCGACGAGGCGUGA